AUGGAAAAUGAUCCAAUCACAGACUACAGCCAAACCCAGCGCGUAGUUCUGCUAAUCGAUCUGAACCCAUUGCUUCAUCUCAGAAACCCAAACCAUUUUCUCACUUCCAUCCUCUCUUCUGCCAAAAUCCUUCUCUCCUUCUCUCCUCUCUCUUCCUCUCUCUUCGCCUUCAAAUUCUUCUUCUCCUCUCUCUCUCUUCUCCUCUCUUCCUCCAAGCUCCGCUCUUUCGUCCCCAAUUCCACACUUUCUCUCUCCUUCGACCACCCAAUUGCCGCUUUCGAAUCCCUCUCCCAAACCCUAAGUUCUCUCCCCUCUUCUUGCAAUGAAGAAUCUGCACUUUCUUCUCCUAGGGCUUCGUGCCUCGUGGCUUCGAUGCGGCAACUGGUGCACGACUACGCCUGGGACCCUGUAAUCCAGGGCCCUGUGACGGGUACGCUUUUGAAUUCUGGUUCUGUUUUGGUUAGGUCUAAUUUGGUUGUUCUGUUUUCUCCGAUUCCCGCUUCUUUAAAGUAUUUGUCUGAGCUCUUGGAUGUGGGAAUUGAUGAUGAUUGCUUAGGAGAUGUGAGUAGUUUCUGCGAGAGAUUUUGUGGAUUCUUUGCAAGUGUUAAUGACGCGUUUGUUAGUAGGGAUAUUCAAUUUAGUUGGGUUAAUGUUCGAGUGGAUGAUGAUUAUGAUAAAUUUGAGAUUGAUGAAUCAGAACUGAGAUCCGAGUUUUUUGAGAGUGGGAUUAGGAAUUUGGGAUGGGGAUUUUGCUCAAGUGAUUCCAUAGUUCUUGGCUCAGCUCUUGUUCCUUUUGGUUUGAUUUAUCCGAAGAUUGGGAUUUCGCCUAAUGGUUUAAGUUGUAAUGACUGUUCUAAGAAGCUUCAUGUGCAGUUGAGUCUUGAGAUACUAGAUGUUGCUCAGAAACCUUUGGAAUGCAAAUGUUGUGAUCUUGAACUGGUUGAUUUGAAACUUUCGCCUGUAAAUAGGUCCGAUAAUGGUGUUUUUUGUAUCCCAGAGAUCAUGAAUACACAUAAAGGACGCAAUGAACUGAAAGAAAAGUUGUGGGGAAGUUUUGGUGGUGGAGUGAGCAAACUCCAGGUUAAGGCUUUGCACAGGAACAAUGAUUUUAAGAAACUCAAGGGGCAUCUAUCCGAUCCUAUACUUGUCCGUGAAGUUUCUGAAAAACCCAGGAAAGAUAAGAAAGAAGGUUCGGAUGAUUUUUUUGCGGACAAGGUUCUAGAAGUGAUAGCAAGAGAAUGGGCUGACUUUGUGCCCAGCAAAUCUGCACCCAUUUAUCAGAUUUUGUCAAGUUUCCUCUACAGGGAAGGUUAUUGGGCAUUGGUGUCUCUUUCAAAUGAAAGUAGAGAUUCCCUUUUGGGAAUCCUUAAGCCUCUUACAGUUUGUUCAGCUUUGUUAUUCAUUACAAAUGAUGAGGUCUACAAUGAUGAAUUCUACCCGUCCAAGAAAGUGCCUGAGAUAGAUGGAGCAGACGUGGCGCUUGUAAGUACAAAGGUGAAAGAUGUCUCUUCACAACCCAGUAAGCAUUCGGACAAGGAUGAGAAAAAUACCAGGAGAAAAAGAAAUUUAAAACUAGUUCAGGACCACACAUGGAGUAGCUUCUGUGCUGCAGCAUUUGAACAUUUUGAGUUCGAGUUGGAAGAGGUCUAUUUUGCCAGGGGAUGUAACAACUCCAAAAAGUUGAGAUUUCUGAAGUGCUGGAUGAAGCAGAUUAAGAAAUCUAGCUGUUCAGGCAUAGUACUAGAGCAGAAAACCAAGCCACAGCAGGAGAUUCAAAAAGAUAUAGGUGAUAGAUUGACCAAUUCGUGCCAAGAAAGCGAACAGCCUAUUUCAUCUGCUUCGGCUCAGGAAAACUCCUUAACUGGGGAUUCCAGAAUUCGGGAUGAAGCAGCAGCUGACUUUCCACCAGAAACUUCUGAAAAUUUCUUCGGUAAUUUAUCCAAAAGGAUUCAGCAGGGACUUGAAUCUGAAGCAGUGGAUUUGGGGGCUUUGGCACAGCGGCUUGUGAAUUCAUCCAUACAUUGGUUAAAUAAAAAGUGUGACACAGAAACCACUUCCAAGAGUCAAAUACCUGACGCAACAUCUCAAGAUACGACCAGUCUUCUUGGUGCUAAACUGCUAAAUCUUCUACUAAGGGACCCAAAGGACUUGAUUGCAAAGGGAAGAAGUAAUGAUCCAUCCUCUCAGGCGUCUCAAGGAUCUGCAUCAGAAAAGAUAGUUAGAGAAUAUGAAUUGCAGAUUUUGUUUCGUAUGGAAAUACUACAAUCAGAGGUUGGAGAGAAUAUUGGAGAGUCUAUGACACAGAAGUUUGUAAAACAAAUUUGCUUGCUUCUGGAGACCAUUCAGUGCCAUCUUGAGGGAGGCUUUUUUGGUGAUUGGAGCCUAGAUAAUUAUGUGGGGAAGAUCAUAAAAGCCAGGUACAGUGACACCCUUAAAGAUGUAGUCCACAAAAUCUAUACGAAAAUGGAUUUACUGCUCUUUGCUGAUGAGGAUGAACUCCCUAAUCGUUUACUCAAUAGCGAGGACAGCACUCAAUCUUUGAGAGAAAAACCAGAGAAAGUUGACAUGGGUGAAAACAUUAGAAGUAGCGAACCGAUAUCAGCAGAAGACGAGUCCUUUCAGGAGCUUGAAAAUGAUAAUGGAAUGACUCAAGAAAAGCAUGCUCGCAAGUUACUUGAAGCUCAAGAAAGGAGAGAGAGGUCUCGGAAGUUUGCUUCUUUUACUAGUUGGGUACCUGAUUUACAGAGAGUUUGGGCCCCCAAGCAGCAAAAGGCCAUGAAGCCGAAGUCAGAUCGUCGUCGAAAGCUGUCAAAAAGGAAGAGCCGUGCAGAGGAAAUCAAUGACAGAGUAUGUGAAACCCCAAUGACAGAAAAGAAACGUUCCAACUCCGGACGCAGCUACGAUGACGAUGAAGAUUACCAACGUGAUAAAGACUACAGCAGUCAGUCACGUGCCUCUGUUUGUGCCUCGGUUUCCAAGGCACUGUUUCAAGACGACCGGUGAAAUUGGAAUCGAGAACAAUUUCUCAGCAGAAAAUUCCUUGGAGCAAAAAAUAAACGCUAAAUAAAUAGCUGGCAGGCGAUCUUAUUAGUGUUGUUUGUCCAUUUUCCUUCAUCAAAAUUAAUACACAAUUCUUU